CCGUUCGUUCAGUCGUGUUCGUUCGGUCGUCGUGUUUAGUCGCAAAAGCGUUUUACGGGAAGGAAAAAUUUGUGUCGUUUCAUUUUAUUAUUUUUUACUGUGAAUCUAUUUUGUGCCUUUUUGAAAUCAGUGACUUGGAAGUUUGUGCAAAUUUUCAGUUUAAAAUCUCGAAAAAGUAGUGAACAUCGUGUUUUUCCGUUUCCAAACAUCUACGGAGUUCGAAGAGAAGUUUGUGCUAAUUUAAAUUCCUUGUGGCCUUUGGGUGAUGAUUUGCCAUUAAGUCGCGACCGAAGAAAACGGCAGAACGUGAGAAACACAAAAAUAUAACAUCUUCAAGCCAUAAAAGUGCCCCGUGUGGAAAAUCUGUUUUCCGUUCGCAGCAUCCGUCGUAGAGUGGAUACCGCGUGAGGAGCACCACCGUGGGGCAUAACCACCCCCUCCCAUCAUCGGCGGCCCACUCAAAAGGGAGGAACGCUGGAUUUUUAGUACAAAACUCGCACUGACACACACAAGACAAGACCAGCAAGAUGCCUGUGUUUCACACGAAAACGAUCGAGAGCAUUUUGGAGCCGGUUGCACAACAGGUCUCCCGCUUGGUAAUUCUCCACGAAGAAGCAGAAGAUGGCAAUGCCAUGCCCGAUCUCAGCCGGCCGGUUCAGGCGGUAUCGCUGGCAGUCACCAAUUUGGUCCGGGUGGGCCGUGAAACGAUACACAACUCGGACGACGAUAUCCUCAAGCAGGAUAUGCCCUCCGCCUUGGCCCGGGUCGAGAAUGCCGCCCAGUUGCUGGAGGAGGCUUCCGGCAUGCUCAAGAUGGACCCUUUUUCCGGGCCGGCUCGGAAGAAACUGAUCGAGGGGUCCCGGGGGAUUUUGCAGGGCACAUCGUCGCUGUUGCUUUGUUUCGACGAGUCCGAGGUAAGGAAGAUCAUUCGGGAGUGUAAGCGGGUGCUGGAUUACCUGGCGGUGUCCGAGGUGAUCGACACGAUGGAGGAUUUGGUACAGUUUCUGAAGGAUUUGAGUCCGUGCUUGAGCAAAGUUUCGAGGGAGGUCGGAGCUAGGGAGAAGGAAUUGACUCAUCAGGUACAUAGUGAGAUUCUGGUGCGAUGUUUGGAGCAGGUGAAGAUCUUGGCGCCGAUCUUGAUUUGCAGCAUGAAGGUGUUUAUUCUGAUUGCCGAGCAGAAUGGGAAGGGGUCUGAUGAGGCAGCUGAGAACAGGAACUAUUUGGCAUCGAGGAUGAGCGAGGAGAUUCAGGAAAUUAUUCGGGUGUUGCAGUUGACAACUUAUGACGAAGAUCAGAGCGAGUUGGACAAUCUGACGGUGUUGAAGAAGAUUCACAAUGCGAUCAAUAACAAGAUGGAAGCGGCCCAUGAUUGGUUGAAGAAUCCGUACGCAUUGAGAGGAGGUGUUGGGGAGAAGGCCUUGCGCCAAAUAGUUGACAAUGGGCUGAAAGUUGCGGAUCGUUGUUUACCGCAGGAUUCGCACAUUAUUCGGAAAUUGGCCGGAGAUAUCACUGCUAUGGCUAAUACCUUGUGCGACCUCCGACAGGAUGGAAAGGGAACCACUCCUCACGCCGACGCGAUUGCUCGGGAUGUCCGCGAUAAGCUGGGUAACUUGGAGCAGUCCGUGUUGAACGCGAUCAUGGGAGUUGACAAGGCCGGACUGCAACAGACGGCUCAUACAGUUCAGGGUCGGCUGGAACAGGCUUGCCGUUGGUUGCAGAACCCGGGUCAGGAUGAUCGCGGGCUAGGUCAGAGGGCUGUAGCCUUGAUCGUUGAUGAGGGUCGUAAGGUCGCGGAAGGUCUUGGAGGUCACCAGAAAGCUGAAGUCAUGCAGCUCUGCGAUGAGGUGGAACAGCUGUCCCAUGAUUUCUCCCAGAUGUGCUCCAACGGGCUGGGUCACACUGCUCAAGCUCAGGAGGUAGCUCGUCUUUUGAAUGAAAAACUGCACGGGUUGAAGAAGCAGAUUCAGGACGCAGUUGUCAGCCGUGUUGUAGAAGAUUUCAUUGAUAUCUCUUCCCCAUUGAAACAGUUCAUGGAAGCGGUUGCCUUACCGGAAGGAACCCCCGGACGAGAACAGAACUUCAAUCAAAAAUCUAAUAAGCUGCAAGCCUUCAGCGAUCGUGCUUCCAAAACUAGCCGCAUGGUGGCCGCCGGAGGUUCUGGAGGCAACAAGAAACUCGCCGAAGUGCUCCUGUCGUCAGCUGCUCAGAUCGACAGUUUGACCCCACAGUUGGUUUCCGCCGGUAGAAUCCGUAUGAACUACCCAACCAGCAAGGCCGCGGAAGAACAUCUGAACAACUUGAAGCAACAGUACGCUGAUACGAUCCUUCGGAUGAGAACCCUCUGUGACCAGGCUACUGAUCCGCUGGACUUCAUCGAAGCGUCCGAGCGGCAGAUGCAAAAGCAUUCGAUCCUUUGCGACGAAGCCAUUCGGAUGAGACAACCACAAAAGAUGGUCGACAACACAUCCAGCGAGGCACGGUUGGCCAAUCGGGUGCUUCUGGUCGCUAAGCAGGAAGCGGACAAUUCGGAAGAUCCAGAAUUCAUUGCCAACGUUAACGAUGCUUCCGAUCGGCUGCAGGCUUCCAUUUCACCCAUGGUUCAGGAGGCCAAGCACGUGUCGACCAACAUCAACGAUCCCAUUCAUGCUUCCAACUGGAGGGAGGCCAAUAAGCACCUCUUGCAAAAUGUGCGCAACAUUCGCGGUGCCAUCAACAAUGUUCCUGAGGUACCGGAAAUGCCGGACCUAUCCGCCUUGCAUCUACAUCAGCAGCAGCAUCUGCCACAGCCGGAAGCGGCCCCUCCACGUCCACCACUGCCACGGGAGAACAUUCCUCCGGUGCGUCCGCCUCCGCCGGAGACCGACGACGAGGAUGAGCUGUUCCAGGGAAUGCCCAAUGCCAACCAGCCCAUCCUCAUGGCGGCCCACGGACUGCACCAGGAAGUGCGCCAGUGGUCCUCGAAGGACAACGAAAUCAUCGCCGCGGCCAAACGGAUGGCGGUGCUCAUGGCACGCCUCUCCGAGCUGGUCCGCGCCGAUUCGAAGGGCAGCAAGCGGGAGCUGAUUGCCACGGCCAAGAAGAUUGCCGAAGCGUCGGAGGAUGUGACCCGGUUGGCGAAGAUUUUGGCCCGCCAGUGUACGGACAAGCGGAUUCGUACCAAUCUGCUGCAGGUUUGCGAGAGGAUACCGACGAUCGGAACGCAGCUGAAGAUCCUGUCGACCGUGAAGGCGACCAUGUUGGGUGCCCAGGGUUCGGAUGAGGACCGGGAGGCCACCGACAUGUUGGUCGGCAAUGCACAGAACCUGAUGCAGAGUGUCAAAGAGACGGUCCGUGCCGCCGAGGGUGCCAGCAUCAAGAUCCGCUCCGACCAGACCAACCAUCGGUUGCGCUGGGUCCGUCGGCAACCAUGGUACCAGUACUAAACUCCGGAUCUUCCGUCGUAGCGAGUACCGGAAAAAAAAAACAAAAAAGCACAAAGCGCUAGUACUAUUUACACUGUUGUACCGACUAACAGCAUAGCAUACCUACAACGAGGGUGGGGAAUUCGGUUUGUGUCUGUUUAAUGUUAGACAUUUACACACGCUACGCCAACGAAAACGGCGUAGACGACGGCAGUGUGACGACAAUGAAUGUUAUCGCAACGAUUUUUAACCUUUACACUGUAGGAAUUUGUAUUUAUUAACAUUUAGAGAUCGUGUUAGGAGGGCCCGCUGCGGCGGCUAAAAUCAAGUACUAAACAUGCUAGUUUACGGCCAGCGGAAGCUGAGCUCUACUUUUUUGGCAAAAGUCAAGUAAAACAAGCGACUAAAGUUUCGAAACUUUGGAACGCGAUUUAUCGAAAGAAUCGAAAGUAUUUUACAGCGAAACAAAUUGGUGGGAAAAGGGAAAUUUUUCGGGGGAACCGUUGCCAAAAAUAUUUGAAGUGAAAUAUUUUGUAGAAAGUUUAAAACACAACAGUCGUUGAAUCGUGUAGAAAUUUUAUGUGCAAACAUUGUUACAGGUAGGGCGAAUCAGAUAAACGAAAAAGUCAAGUGCCGAGGGAAGGAAAAAGAAAACAGUGAAGAUUCACAUUCGAAUCUAUUUUUUCCCUUCCCUACGUACUUUUGAAUUAAGCUGGAUUUGAAAAAAAAAAUGAAACGAAGGAGGUAACGUGUUUUCAAGAGAAACCUAACUAUUUUUAUCGAAGUUGAAUAAACACAUUUUAUAAUAACGGUGAAUUUACACCUACCUAACCACUACUGGCCUAGCAUGUAGAUCAAUAUGAUACAGUGGAUAUUCGACGUUUUAUUAGCAAGUUUUUAGUCUCUAGUUCGAUAACUUUCGCGUAGGUGCAAUAUCUCUAGUAUUGGAAACACGUGCAGCAAGCAGCAUUUUUGCCUCGUAUAAAUUUUUCGUAACGCAACAAUCGAUAGGAACGACAUUUUGAAUCGAAUGACUAAAAUAGUGAGUGAUUAUUCUAAUGAAAAAUUACAACAAUCAUUAAUCCCUUACAGAGAAUGUUAUUAGAUUAGCGAAUUUCUACCCGAUCCCUUAUUAGGCUUUUGCCCUUCUCUUGUUGUACCACGCUUACACAGUGGCAGUUGCUUACACUGACUGUCGGAUUCAUACAAGUUAUAGGUACAUAGGUUGUUUGUUCUAGAUCGAGAGAGAAUUAACUUUGUAGGAACAAUUGUAGACCAGCAACAGCAGCAGCAGCUAUUUUUAAUCGUUUAUUGGUGGAAACAGUCUAACCUACAGUCGAGUUAAGGGAAAAGUGCAGAAAACUGGAUAACAAAACAUGUGUUGUAAUAACAAGUGCCUAUUUAUAUUCAUUGUGAACAGUUUUUCUUGUUCCAAAAUCUUUUAAAUGGUUUUGUUUUCUUUGGUUUU